CGAAAAUUGAGAAUUAUGUUUUGCAAUAUCUGCUGGACUUUCAGCAAGACGGCGUCUUUGAGCAGAGCAUUGUGAUAUUCCUAUCCGAUCAUGGCUCACGAUACGGAUAUUUAUCAGACUGCAGCAGCGGAUUUCUCGAGGAACGCUUGCCCACAAUGUUCAUAUACUUGCCGCCCUGGUUUCGAGCCCAGUAUCCCCAAUAUGCCGAGGCACUGGAGAUGAAUCGAAAUCGUCUCACAUCCAAUUUUGAUAUACACAACACACUGAAACACAUUGCUGAGCUGGGACAGCCGCCAAAUUCACCACCAUUGCCACGGGCCAAUGAUUGUCCCAAGUGCCAGUCGCUCUUCCAGCCGGUGAGCAGAGAUCGCGAAUGUAAAGAGGCUGCUAUUCCGGAGCACUAUUGCACCUGUGAGCCCUACAAAAGGAUCGGGUUCGCUUGGAGCGAUCGCAUUUCACUUGGUGUUAUCGAUCGUAUAAACGAUUAUUUGUAUGCCAAAAAUUUUAGCAGUAUUUGCGCGAAUCUCACUUUGAGCUACAUCCAUAAGACGGAAAUUAAACUAGGUCUCGAUAUUAGUUUCCAUGAGGAAAUUCCAAAAUGGAUUUAG